UAUAAGUUUGACCUAGAAGCCACACAGCGAAGGGAAAAGCUGAGAUGAGAUCCAAGCCGCCACAUACCGCACCCCAAAGUGGUCACUCAUACAUACCUUUAUUGCCCAGUUGCACAGCAUGGGCUCAGAACGGCUGACCAUCGGUGUCCUCGGGCCCUCCGGUAUGGGAGGCUCUCACAUCACCGUCGAGUUAUUACAUCGCGGCCACAAAGUGAUCGGAAUCUCUCGCAAACCGGCCUCAAUCGGCUCGCAUUCGCGCUAUGAGCCAAGAUCUGUGGACAUCGACAAUGGAUCGGUUGAUGAUCUUUCACACGCAUUCAGGGGUUUGGACGUCGUAAUCAACGCAUAUGGGCCGCACUCAAGCGGUGCGAGUGCCAUGAAGUAUGCACCGUAUGUGGAAGGCACCCGCAAAAUCAUCCUUGCCACGAAAAAAGCGAAAGUCGGCUAUCUGAUCAUGAUCGGGGGUUGCGGUAGUUUGUACUUGCCGGGAACCCAGACUUGCGCCGUUGACAGUCCGGAGUUCUGGUCGGCAUACUGGCGCAGUAUGGUGGACAAUUACGCGCAGCUGACUUAUGUUGAAAAACGCUUUGGUGGUGGCGCAGAACUUCAAAACCUUCGGGGGUAUCGAAGUGCUCGAAUCGCACUGAGAGAGGGCAGAGAUACUCCCGAGGCGAAGUUCGUUCGAGACGAUCAUGAGAGAAAAAGCCGCGAAAACGAUUUUGCAAAGUCGUUGAUUACGGCAUGCAGGACAUGUUUUCUCUUUUUCGACGGCAACUCGUCCUUUGACUGGACGUUCCUCUCUCCACCAGCGGCUUACAGGUCCGGUACGCGGACCGGAAAGUAUGAAACGAUGCUCAACUAUGUGCCCUUGAAAGGUGACCCUGAGUCUUCAGAGGACCUGGAAGGACGUUUCAAGGGUAUUAGCACUUGGGACCUUGCCGUGGCAGCUGCGGAUGAAGCCGAAAAUAGGAAGCACAAGGACAAGCACUGGACGGUUUUCGCAGACAUGGACGACGAUACUCCGGCGCCAACUCCUUACAUCGAUCUAUCGUAUUUGAGCACCUUGCAAUAGACAAUGCUGACAAAUUCCAAACUAGGCGUUGUAGUUUCUGUGACAAAGGAAGGUGAUUACCCCACAUGGAGUUUCACGCCCCGGCUAGCCCCCCCCCCAGACUUCAGUUUGGGGAAUGCUUCGCAAGAACAUGGCGGCAUCCAGAACUAUUUUCCAUGCCGAGAUCCA